AGACGAAUAAGCCCUUCCAUCAUUUAUGUCGUUUGCGCUUGAUGACUGUUGUUCGGGAGUUGUUGCAUUGGCGUUCGCGAAAUCAGAAUGAGUCGUUUCAUUCCCAAUGAACUGGUGUGGGUGAAGCUGGGCGGGGUUCAGUGGCCGGCCGUUGUCAAAGACAAGGCGGAUUGCGAGGAAUUUCUGGAGGCCCUGAAGCGAGAUCCGAUCGUCGUUGUCGAGUUCUUCGACAAAAAGCUUCACGAUGUUUAUAACAAGAACCAGAUAUACCGCUACAACUGCGAAGAAAAAGAAGAAAUUAUGCUGAAAAGCUUGCAACUAACGAAAAACAAACCGGACAUUUCGGAAAAUUUCAAGAAAGAUAUCAUCACAGCGGAGAAGCUAACUGAUGGUGACAUUCACAUCCUGAGCAAGGGAAAGUUUACUCUCACCGGACGACAGAAGUACGACGAGUUGUUCAGCUCAGCGAAGAAGUCGCUGGCCAGGCCAAACGUCAAAAGGAAACCUCCAAAGCCCGACGAAUCGCCUCAGAAAUCAAAAACGUCGAAGUACGCCGACAUCUUCCCGGAAAACUCCUCAAAGAACCGGCGGUCCGCCAGCAAGCCAAAGAAGGCGACGAAGAGCCUGCCCGAAAAUCCGCGACUCAACAUCACGCACCCUCGCUUCAUCGCUGAAAACGACCACAAGAUUCGCAUUCUGGCGUCGGCGAGCGCCGAGGCGCGGACGCCGGCGCCGUCCGGCUCGGACCCCUACCGGUGCGUGCAGUGCUCCUUCACCACGGCCCGCCUCAACGUGCUCAUCCUGCACAAUAAGACGCACGUGGCCGCCGCCGCCGUCAAGACGCCCACGGGCAAGCGGAAAAACGCCGAGCCCGGCGACUCCGCCAAAAAGCCGAGGAAGAAGCCAGCCGUGCCGGAUGGUGCUCCGGCAAAGUCCGGCAAGGCGGCACAGCCCGGCGGCUCGCCCAAAAAGGCGGCAGGUGGCGCAUCGGGCUCUGGCGGCACGGUCGCGGCGCCGCAGAAGAAGGCGGAGCCGGCACCGGUGGCAGACAAGCCGCGGACGCCGGUAAAGAUCAGCCCGCUGAAGCCAAGCCACUCCUCCAAGCCGCUGUUGCUGGAGGACUGGGACGAGGACGACGACGAGGAGGCGGCCGAGCGGCUCAAGAUCCAGUCCGAGAUAGACAAGUUCAUCAGCGACAAGGAAAGGUGCGUCAAAACGGACGAGGAGAGCGAGCCGACGGUGGACGACAAACCCAGUUUCCCGCAGACCGUUAAGGAAGAGGGCGCCACCUGCUGGUCGGCGGCGGCGGACGCCCUGAAGACUGAGGCCGCGUCGGAGGCGCCGCACGCGCAGGACGAGUCGGCGGUGGCCGUCAAGCAAGAGCAGCAGCAGCGGAACGACGCACUGCUGCAGGCGGCCAUCCUGUCCGUGCCGGGCGCCGACGGCCAGCCCGACACGUACGUGCUGGUCAGCGUUGAUGACAAAGGCAACGUGCAGACGGUGAACCCGCUGGACAACCUGGGCGGCCUGGGCGCCGACACGCUGCUGGCCUACGAGGUGGUGCAGGAGGACGGCAGCACGCGCACCGCCUACCUCAACCCUGCGGCGCUGUCCACCAGCGCCGACAUCAAGCACCUGCUGGGCGGUGAGGGACGCGUCGACUCGACCACACCCGUGCCCGACAGCAGCGGCAAGUAG